AUGUUAGUAAUUCUUUUCUUCCCAAUAUCAAAGAUUACAGAAACGAUUUUUAAAGCACUCGCGAAACAUGGUGUUGUUCGUCAAUCAACACUAACCGAGUGUUUUCGUUUAUUGUGCUACCGUGACGACAAUGACAUGAAUUUCGACUCUGAAUAUGGACUCACAGUGCGCUCUAUUUUGAAGGUGGAUGAUCAACUUUAUGACGUAAUUGUAUCAUCAAAUGAAGUGCUUAAUGAUCAAACCAUUCGCAUACUCUUUCCAUUGGAUUAUGCCACUGGUGAUGCUGAGCGUUGGGCGAGUGCGGAUAGUGCAUCAUUAAUCAAUGUCAUGCCGAAUGGAGAUCCAUUUGGAUUCUAUACCAAUUGA